AAAAUAUAGAGAAUUCCCCAUUUCCUCUCCAUCUCAAUCUGCAUCUUCUUCUGUUUUUGUUGCUUUAACUUUGAAUCGAAGAAAAACCAUUCUCUUCAUUUUUUAGCCCUUCGUCGUCUUCUUCUUCUUGCUGGAAAAGAGCAUUUUUCUUCAUAAAAAUUCACCAACCCUGAAAUUAAAGAUGAGUCUUCUUGAUCGCCCUGAUGACAUCGAAGCCCCAAACAUUCAGGUCUGGAACAAUGCUGCAUUUGACAAUGGAGAAUCCGAUGUUAGAACUAUUUCUUGGUCGAAUGUGCAAGAUUCGUACAAGAAUCUAUCGUCUGAAUCGUUGCAGAGUGAUAGCAGGAAAGAAAAUUUAUGCCCUUUGAGUCUGAAGACCCCUGCUUCUGUCAAGUACUCUGUUUCUGUGAAGCCGCUCAAUCGCAAUGGCGUCAUUGAAAAUUCACAAGGGAAGCCAUUCAAAACGCCUGGUAAUGGGAAAGAAGAGGAGGAGGUAAUUAGUAAGGAAAGAAAUAUUGAUGCAGAAAUUGAGGAAACAGAGAGGGAAAUCAAUCGAUUAGCGACCAGGUUAAAGGCUCUUCAAAUUGAAAAGGCCGAGCAGAUCGCAACAAGAACAACAGUUCAGGAGGGAGGAAGAUUCGUGCCGCCGGUCAGAUCAGUUGCUCCAAAAGUAAGUACCAAGAAUUCAAAUGGGGUUAAUAAAAUGUUCAAAGACGCUUUAGUUGAACCGAAAAUUGGUCACAACAGAGGUUUAAGUUUGGGGCCGUCGGAAAUCCACGGCAGUGUCGGAGCACGGCGGCAAGGAAAUACGGAAAUCAUGUCGGCUCAGCGGAUUCAAAACCGUCGGCAAUCAUGCCUUCCGAAAUUACUAGAUAUUGACGAAGAGAAGGCGAAGAACAGAAGAGGAAACAGUAUGAGCCUUAGCCCCAAAUCACGGAGGACUUUGAUCAAGGCUCAAACUGUACGGAAACCAGCCACCACUAUCGUAUCAAAACGGCCGGCGAAGAAAGAUGGGGUUGUUGAAUUAAUUCAGCCAAAGAAAUUGUUUAAAGACAUUGAAAAACCAGCACCAUCCACCAGUGUCAAAAAGCCAUUGAGGACUGGUAGGAUUGUAGCGAGCCGUUACAAUCAGACAAACGAAAGCUCUCAAAUAGCCACAGAAAAUCGUAAGAGCUCUCUGCCGGGAAAUUGCAAAGAUGAUGGAAGCAGUAGGUACGACAAGCGGCGGUCUUCAUCGGAGCUUUGCCGGAGCAAGGCGCCACAAAGCAGAGUGAAGAAGCGGUGGGAAAUUCCAAGCGAAAUAAUAAUUCUUCAACAAGAAAUGGAAGAAAGAAGUUUGGAGUCUUCAGUUUCCAAGUUAGGCGAUAUGCUUCCAAGGAUCAUAACGACUCGCUGUGUGAAUAUAAGCCCAAGGGACUCUGGACCGGCCAAAAGGGUGGCUGAAUUGAUUGAAAGUAAGACAAACUUUUUUGCUGAUGAGGAGAUGGAAGCAUCAAUCUGUCAGAAGUUGAAUUUUGCAGAGGAUGAGGAGGAAGAAUGAAACAAUGUUGGUCUUUUUUCCCCCUUUUAAACUCAGUAUUGUGAACCAUAACUCCUGUUAUGGAAAUAUGCAAAGCUUCUUCUUUUGUAGACUUGUGUUUGUGGAAAAUAAAGGAUCAAGCUUUUGUUUUUCAGUAA